CAAGAUUCCCCCCCCCCCUCUCCCUCACAGCCCACCCCUGCUCAGACUUCUGCUCAUCUUUUGAAAGCCACAAAAAUAAUAUAAUGCAAUUGUAUUACAUGUAAUGUAAUGUAUAUCUCCAUUCACAGGGAACAGAUAUUAUCACUAGAAAGUCAGUAGAUUUAAAGCAACACUAUAUCUUCAAGAAAGAAGGCCACAAGCAGGGGAAUGUGAAGAAGAAAACACUUUUGCAACUUUAGAUACAGGGAAAUAGCUAUUUUGAGGGCAAUUUUCUUUCAUAGUGAGCACUUUGUACUUCCUUUUUUCCAUUGUGUGUAGGGUGGGAAUUGUUAAUGUGUAGUCGUUUUGAAGUGGACUGUGGGAAAAAGAAGGUGGAGUUAAAAGCAUUUUCUGCCAAAUUGAGGAAUUGAAAGCAAAUGGCUAUGAAUUUCAUAGUUUUUAAGACAAGAAACACCCAAAUGUGGUUUUGUCAAUUUCUUCCUCUAAAAUACAGCCUGUAGAACCUGGUACUUAUUUGGAGUCUACAAUCCAAGUGACCCUGCAUAGCUUUCAAGAUCAGACACAAUUUGGUGCCUUUAAGGUAUUUUGCUGUCUAGGGUUCCAUUUGCUAAAGAGAGAACAGAAGGACAAAAACAUGGCCCAACAUGGAUCUAGGCAAGGGCAAAGUGAGCGUUCCAGUGAAAUUACUCUUUCCAGACUCAGGCUCCGAGUGCUGCCUCUUGAAGUCUUGCAGAACAGCAACACCGAGAACUUGAAUUUGGACCGGAACAAAUUGAAAUACCUCACUGGGAUCUCAAAGCUUUAUAACCUGAAAAAGCUUAUUUUGUCAAAAAAUGACAUAACAGACUUCCCAGAGGAAAUCAGGAACUUGAUCCAUCUAGAGAAGCUGGAACUCAAUCAGAACCAAAUCCGAACUAUACCAGAAGGAGUCUUUUCCUAUUUACCAAAGUUGAAGCAUCUCCGAUUGAACAAUAACCGCUUAGAUGGUCUCCCCAAGGACUUGGCUUCCAGCAGCAAAAGUCUCCAGUAUCUCAACCUGUCCAACAACCUUUUCCAAACCAUCCCUUUGGUGAUCUUGGAGCUUAGGAGCCUGCAAGAAUUUUAUGUACAGAAUAAUAUGUUGCGACGGCUUCCUGUAGAGAUGUUCCAAGUAGUGCCACUGAAGAUGUUCAAGGUAAAUGGGAACCCACUGAGAGAACCCCCUUUUGAGGUGUGUGCUGGAGGAAUCGGGCAGAUCAUCAGCUACUUCAAUCAGUUGAAGAACUGUCAGGCUGAAGAGGAGAGGCGGAUAAAGACACUGUUCUUGGGGUCUUCCUUAGCAGGGAAGUCUACCAUAUGCAAAAGCCUGAAGCAAAGACAAACAGUUCAGCUAUCAGAAGAAGAGCGAACAGUUGGGAUUGACAUCAGUAAAUUCCAUAUGGAAGGUUUCAUGUUUCUCUUUUGGGACUUUGCUGGCCAGCUGGAAUAUUACAUGACCCACCAUGUGUUCAUCACUCCACAGGCACUUGUCAUCUUGGUCAUUAACUUUCAACAGUACCAACUGAACAAUGACUCCUUCAAGGAGCUUGUUGGUUUCUGGAUUAACAACCUCUUCAUGCGAGUGCCAGACUCUGUGGUCCUUCCUGUGGGGACCCAUAUAGAUGCCUGUGAUGAGAAGGAAGUUGAGGAAAAGAAAGAGGACAUAAUGGACAAGAUCCAGGCCAUGCUAGAGGAGAGGAGGAUCAACCUUGCCCACCUCAUUGCCAACCUGGAGGAAAAUGAGGAGUCAGAGUUCUAUGUGGAUCAAUGGAAUAGACUGAAAGAAAUGGAGACACACACCCUUACGAUUUUAGACCUUGUUUGUGUCAAUUGCUUGGAUUACCAAGACAUUAAAAUACUUGAAGGUACAAUUUUAGACCAUGUCAAGAAUGAAGAAAUAUUUCCUAAUAUCAUCCAAGUGCUUCCUCCUAUCUAUAAACAAGUCGAAGCUGCAAUUGUGGAUAUUGUGCAAAACAGUCAAGAAGUGGCAGAGCACGGGAUGAUGGAGCUCAGCCUCUUGCACAGUGAGCUAUCCUGGGUACGUCACCUGACUCACUUGGAUGGAGAACUUAUGCGAGACAUCCUACGGUACCUUCACCGUAUUGGACUGAUUGUAUGGUAUGAAGAAGUCAAGCAUCUGGAAAGCACAGUUUUUCUACGUCCAGCCAUUCUGAUAACCAUAUUCAAAACCCUUGUCCGGUAUGGCCUGAUUAAACAACUGGAAAACAUUUCUGUAGACAUCUUGAUAGGAGAGCACGCAACUAUCCGAGACCGGGCCAACUGGGUAUGGACAUUUAAGUCUAAGGCCAUGCUGUGCCAGAGAGCCAUAAGGGCUUUACUCAAGCACCAGCUCUGCAUGGAUGGCAUGAGGGAUCUUUUUGAGGAAAUGGCGGGUACCAGGUCCAAGAAGGGGAAGCUCUUCAGCCUGCUGGAACACUUUGAGAUCUGCCUGGAGGUCAGAAAUGCAAGGGGACUCAGUCCCAGAGCCAGGCCCUUUGUGCCUGGGCAGCCAUGGGAAAUUGUGCAAGGCCACAAAGAGGAAGCACUCUACUUAUUUCCUACCUACCUUAACCAGAGUGAGGAAGUAUCCAUGGUGUGGGGAGGAGAUCAUGUGGAGGAUCUUCAUAUCCGCCUGUACUUUUCUCCUGAGAUUCCAGAGGGCUUCUUCCAAAGGCUCAUGGUGAAGUCUUGCUCCUUCUACUCAACACACUGGGUUGCAAAAACAAUAUGCCUGCUCAUCUGCAGUGGCAAACCAUUGCUGAUCAAAGCAAACAACCAAAAAGGAUACAGCUAUAUUGAACUCAGGUGCAGAAAACCAAGAGAAAGGGCAGGAUUCCAAUUAUCGUGGAACUUCAUCAUGACAGUAAUCUCCAUCAACCAAAAAUUGUUGGAAGAAUGGCCAGGUCUCCAUCUUUGUGUAAAAGCGCCUUGUCGAACAGCUGGAUGCCCUGCAGAGUUUGUCUGGCCAGAUGUGGAUGACAAGACCACAGUGACAAAAGAAGAAAUUAAAACCUGUGGAGUAUGUGCCGAUCGCUUUGCCACUGAGCUGCUGUUACCCAAAGUCCCAAGAGAGCAAAAUCUCUCCCAGGUUCCUGCACACUACUAUGUCACCAGCUACGGCAAUGCUACCUUUGGAUCCAGCACUGUUCAUGUAGAGAGACAGAAUAUCCUGGACCGAUGACCAUUGACCAUGUAGGAGAAAUCACUGGCCAAAAUCUGGCUCUGUCUUUCACACCAUGCUGAAUACUUCAAAUGUUUCAUUAUAUCUUCAUGGUUAUUAAAUUCUAAUAAAAUGCUUCUCACUCAU